UGCACAUGAAUUCAGGUCCAGAUGCCAGGCAUGAAGAUCACAGACAGCGUGUUGCGGAGUUUCAGGGUCGCCCGGACGUACAGAGAGAACUCACAGAAAGUCAACUGUGUGGACUACAGCCCGAACGGGGAAAAUGCAAUAUCAAGCAGCGACGACGACUGUAUUGUGCUAUAUGACAUGCGGGAGGGAAAACCCAAGCGGACUCUGUUCAGCAAGAAGUAUGGAGUGGACCUCAUCCGCUACACGCAUGGAGACACACAGACGGUGGUCUACAGCUCCAACAAACUAGAUGAUACCAUACGAUACCUGUCUCUGACUGACAACAAGUACAUCCGCUAUUUCCCUGGUCACACUGCAAGGGUUAUUGCUCUCUCCAUGUCACCAGUGGAUGACACUUUUAUCUCAGGGUCGUUGGACAAGACGAUCCGGAUCUGGGACCUGCGCUCUCCAAACUGUCAAGGUUUGACUAAUCCACUGGGGAAACCUGUAUGUUCCUUUGACCCUGAUGGGCUGAUAUUUGCCGCAGGGGUGGAGUCACAGGCCAUUAAACUGUAUGACCUUCGUGCUUUUGACAAGGGUCCGUUUGCCUCCUUUGAGACAAGGUUUAAUCGUGUCUGUGACUGGACUGGACUCAAAUUCAGUAACGAUGGGACACAGAUUCUCAUCUCUACAAAUGGAGGGAUGAUCCGUGUCCUUAAUGCUUUCAAUGGAUCUGUGCUGCACACUUUUUCUGGCUACAACAACAGCAGAGGCAUCUCCUUGGAGGCCUGCUUCACUCCCGACUCACAGUUUGUCAUGAUUGGCUCAGAGGAUGGGAGGGUCCAUGUUUGGAGCACUGAGAGCGGGAUGAAGGUGGCUGUGCUGGACGGGAAACAUCCAGGACCCAUCAACACUCUGCAGUUCAAUCCCAGAUACAUGACGUUUGCCAGCGCCUGCACUAACAUGACCUUUUGGCUCCCGUGUGUCGAUGACUUAUAGAAGGAGUGAGCCCUCGUAUAACACGUUGACACUAUGCAGUGAUACCUUGAUGUGUUGGACUGCCUUUUUUUGCACGAUAAGAACCUCAUGACCUAAUAGUAUGUUGGAGAAAAAUAUGUGUUUUU